CCACAACUGACACAACACUGGCAACGAUUGAUCAUCAUCAAAACAAACAGCCACGAAUGAGUUGGUUCUACCAUUUCUUGCUCUCUUGUAUAGUUUUAGGUGCUCAAAUGUUCGUUAAAACAAACCAUCCCGACCGUACAUAAUGCAUACGCGUCGUGUGCCCUCUGUGAAAUCCAUCAUUUACCCUCAAGCAGCCAUUCCCGAAACGAUACACGUCGUUGCACAUCUCCAUCAGGCUCGGUCUUUAUCGUCCUUCAGUUAACAAGUGCAGACAGCUACGAAGGUAAAGAUAAGCUUAGUUCGAUAGUGUACACCACGAUGGCAGACGUUCCAAGCUACGUUCCGGAUAUACUCGAGCAUCCGAUCGUGCACUUCAGCCAACGCUACGAUUGGGACUGUGGAUUAGCAUGCAUUUUAAUGGUGCUGGACCGAAGACAGCGACAAACGUUUCUGUCUCAGUUCCAGCAAAUAUGCGACGAAGGCCAGUUCGGCAAAAGCACAUGGACAAUCGAUUUGUGUUACGUUCUGAAGGAUUUUAAUAUUCCGCACAAAUACCUUACGAAAACGCUCGGUGCGAACCCGAACCAUCGGGUAAACGAUUACUACAAAUCCUACACACUGGAUAUGCUAAGGGUAAAUAACAAAUUCCGUUACGCCGAGCAGAACGGGGUCGAUGUGAAGCAGUGCACCGUCAACUAUCGAUUUCUGAUCGACCAUCUGGGCACGUACGGAAACAUAAUACUGCUCAUCAGUGCCUCACUGCUCUACUGUGACCUGUGUAAAUUCAACAAACUGCCUUGCGAGAUACGAUCUUGCCUAAGCAUUAAUCCUACCUAUAUGGGCCAUUACAUUGUGCUCUGUGGAUACAAUAAGCGACUCCAAAAGUUUAUGUACCGUAAUCCAGCCUGCAAGGACAAGGUAUGCUACAUUCCGUAUCAAGCAUUAGACAAAGCGCGCAAAGCGAACGGUACCGAUGAGGACAUCAUCCUACUGUAUGACAAAGAAACAUGACAACCUGCUUCCAUCCAUCGAGCGUAUUUUGCAAACGAUCGAGCCAACAACAACACGUUAUUUUCUAGUCUGGCAUAUCAGUUGACAUUUUUCCUUCGUUUGUUAUCAUUUACUCCAAUAAAUUUUACAUCGCUGUAGCGUUUAAA